AUGGCGAUUUCAACUACAGAUUCUGUUGAAAACGUAAAUUCCAAGAAUUCAGAAGUUGGAGGUAACAUUGAUCCUUUGUUUAUCUCUAAUUCUGAUAAUCCUACUUCAGCAUUAGUUGCGGCUCCAGUUUGUGGUGUGAAUUUUAUGCGUUGGAGUAAGAAUGUAAGAAGAGCAUUAAUUGCUAAAAAUAAAGAAGGUUUCAUCAAUGGAGGUUUAGUGAUGCCGGGUGAAAACGAAAAUAAUUAUCAGCAAUGGAAACGUGCUAAUUACAUGGUGAUGAGCUGGAUAUUAAGCUCAAUGACUGCAGAUGUGGCUGAUGAUUUUGGUUUUAUAGAAACUUCUGCAGAAUUAUGGAAUGAGUUACAUGAAAGGUUUGGACAAUCAAAUGGUCCAUUAAUUUUUCAAUUGAAGAAAGAAAUUGAUUCUCUUAAACAAGAAAAUAUGACAAUCAUUGCAUACUAUGGCAAGAUUAAAAGGCUAUGGGAUGAGUUACAAAGUUUGAAAAUGCUUCCUGUAUGUACUUGUGGUGCUGUGAACAAAUGUUCUUGUUCAUUCUUGAAGAGAUUGAAUGACUUGGAAGCAGAAGAUAAGCUGAUUCAAUUUUUGCUUGGAUUGAAUAGUGGUUUUGAAACUACAAUUUCUAAUAUCCUGUCUAUGGAUCCUAUGCCUUCUCUGAACAAAGCAUUCUCUAUUGUGCAACAAAUAGAAAAACAGAAAGAGAUAACUGGAGUAUCUGAACAUCUUGCUGAAAGUAGUGCUAUGGCAGCACAAAGAAUGUUUCGAGGAGUUCAACAAUGUAAUUUUCAGAAGUAUACUGGUACAGGAAGGAAAGAUUGGAAGAAAGAAAAAAUUGCAGCAAAUGUCCAUACAACAAAUACUGGACGAGGUGAUUCUCCACUGGAUGAUAAUGAGGUUGCUGUUAAUUCUUUGAAUUCAUACAUGCUGUCAGCUAUAUGUCAAGAAGUAUUGAAGUCUAUGAAAGAGAAGCAUCCUACAGAAAAAUCUGGAGCUUAUGCUAGUUUUUCAGGUAAAACUCCUACAAUUCUAUCUUGUUCUGUAUUCAAGAAGAAUGAUAAACAUAGUUGGAUCAUUGAUUCUGGUGCAUGUGAUCAUAUGGUAUAUGAUGAGUCUUUGUUGUUCAAUAAAACAAGAUUAUUAAGGCCUAUUAAAGUGGGCUUGCCUGAUGAAACACAUAGAAUGGUAGAAUUGGUUGGCAAUGUGAUGUUAAAUGAUAAGAUAACAUUGACUGGAGUUCUUUUGGUGAAAGGUUUUGAGCAUAAUUUUCUGUCAAUUGGAAAGAUAAUUGAGCAAACUAGUGUUAGAGUAUUUUUCACUAAGGAUACAUGUUAUUUUCAGGACCAUUCUAGUAGUGGUGUGAUUGGAAUUGGUUAUAAACAACAUGGAUUGUAUUACUUUGAUGUUGAAGGAUUGGCUGAUAUACAGAAGCUUGGGAAGAAUAAUGAUGCUGUAAGUACUAUCUGUAAUGCAUUAGACGAUUUUUGA